UGCGCAGGGGAGUGGAGACGGGCUGAGAGAGGACUCAAACACGCACACGUUUCACACGCACAAAACGCGCGCAACACACACUCAGAGGAAAAAGGGGCGCUCAGAAGUCGUUUUUUUUAUUCCUUCGCCUUUUGCUUCUCUUGCCGGCAGGAAGAGGAAAAGUUUCCAGAGGAGGUUCAGACACAAGAGCUGCGCUACGUUUGAGCCAACGCAGGAAUUGCCUUUUUUUGUUUUCUUUCUGUUCCAACUGGAAAGAAUCUUUACAUUCAUCUGUUGCUUUUCCACGCACGCUGCGGGAACUCUCGAAUCUUGCAGAUUCCCAGCCAGUCUUUGUGCUGAGGAGGAAUAGGAAAGGAGCGCUGACCAAAGAGGCCAAAUACACAGCAGUUAUGGCAGCGGUCUUGCCGAGAACGCUGGGCGAACUGCAGCUCUACCGGAUCCUGCAGCGAGCCAACCUUCUCUACUACUACGAAGCCUUCAUCCAGCAGGGCGGCGAUGAUGUGCAGCAGCUGUGCGAGGCCGGCGAGGAGGAGUUCCUGGAGAUCAUGGCGCUAGUCGGUAUGGCCAGCAAGCCGCUGCACGUACGGCGUUUGCAGAAAGCGCUACGCGACUGGGUCACCAACCCAGCCAUCUUCAACCAGCCUCUCACCUCGCUGCCGGUCUGCAGCAUCCCUGUCUACAAGCUGCCUGAGGGCUCGCCAACACUGUUGGGUUCCCAGGACCGGGCGAACACAUCCAGCACCAAGAUUCCCAAAGCUGUCGCCACCUGCUCUGACACAGGAAAGCUGGACGUGACUCGGGACAAAGUGUCCGUAGGCUCUCCUCUUCAGGGCAACAGUGAAGCUCGGUUUUGGUCGGGACACAGCAACGAUAGCGAGCACAGCCUUUCACCCUCUGACCUCGGCUCUCCGUCCUCGCCUAGGGACGGGAUGGAGGUUCUGGAUGCGGCUGCUGUGCAGUCGGUUCUAGAGUGUGUAGACAGGAUGGCACCAGGGCUCGCCAAGGCGGACGUUGCUGACAUCAAAGAGCAGCUCAAGAGCAACAAGAAACUGGCAAAGAUGAUCGGACACAUUUUUGACCUGAGCGACGAUGACCCACGGAGGGAGGAGGAGAUUCGCAAAUACAGCGCCAUCUACGGACGCUUUGAUUCAAAGAGGAGGGACGGCAAACACCUGACGCUCCACGAGCUGACAGUGAACGAGGCAGCAGCGCAGCUGUGCAUGAGGGACACGGCCCUGCUGACCCGCCGAGACGAGCUGUUUGGACUUGCUCGGCAGAUCUCCAGAGAGGUCACCUAUAAGUACACCUACCGCACCAGCAAGACUCGCUGUGGAGAUGAGCCAUCUCCUAAAAGAAUUAAAACUGAGGAGAACUUCUUUGACAUCCAGGAGGCACUGCAGGCCAUUCACAUGAGGCAGGAGAUGCUGAGGGAGCAGCUGGCCUGCGCCAAGUCCAAAGGAGAUGAAAGCAUUGGUCGCAAUCUGCAGAUGCAAUUGGAGCGUCUGCUGGCAAGGCAGAUGGAAAUCCUGCAGGACGCCGCAGUGCAGGAGCGACUGCAGGCUCUGGACUGGAGGAUACCCCCUGCUGCCUUAAAGUAUCUCACUGAUGCCCAGAACACCAACGGGGCCGCCAGUGACACCAGCAGGGAGACCCAAGAUGAGCGACCCAUGAACUUGCGGAUUGUGAGUCAAACCAUGCAGGAAGGUGACCUCCCAUUGGGCAAGCAGCUGGCCAACGAGCUCAAACGUCAUCACAACCACAAUAACAGCAGCACAGAAGAGACCAAAACAGCAGCAACGGAAAACGGGAUUUCACAGCGGGCGUCCAGCAGCACAGAUAAAAAGACCAUCAAGUCAGAACCCGAAGACUCCACAUAGUGCCUCCUGCUUGCUCUACCCCCUCGUCUCAUCUUAGUAUGCAGUAUUCAGCCGUCACUAGAAACUAAGCAAGUACAGCCACAGUAGAGCCUUAACAACCAAUGUUGCCUCAUGAAGAGCAUUUAUUUUUUUCCUUGAGUUUGUCUUGGUGUCAGUGCCAAUGCAUCAAGAGAGCGCGAAGACAUGCCCCCUCAGUGCUUGGCAGGUCUCGACUAGAAGUACAUUUGGACACACUUACCUCUCUGAAUGGUUCAUUUUUUAUUUUGGAUUUUUUGCUCUGCCUCUGUCCUUCUCCCAAAUCCCAAAUUAGCGUCUGCAUUUAUGCUGAAAAGUCAUAGGUACUGUCGGGAGUUUGGGCCCAGUCCCUAGCAGCAGGUUCCUUUGCUUUAUGGUUGGGACGACUCCACCUCUCUCCGCUCUUGUCUUGUGUAUAUUUAUGGGAGGUCUUUCCAGGUCUUUUUUUUUUGCGAGGGUCCAGGAACUGCUUCAUGACACACUGCUGGUGACCCAGAACCACACAUCUGCAAAGAGAAUAUCCCAGGACUGAAGAUGUGACAUUCUCACCUUCAGGCUGUGUGCGUGUUUGAGUGUGUAUGUGUGUGUCCUUGCAGAGUGUAAAUACUGUAGUUCUGUGAUAACAAAUACCCUAAUCUCAACCAGGGUUCUGCUCUGUCAUGUGUAACUUUGCUGUAAUCGUGUGUGUCGAUAGUGUUCAUGUGCAUAAAAAAAGAACUUAGAUGGAAAAAAUCCAACGGUGUGAAAGUGUGUGGUAUAUGAGAUGCUUUACACCACAACACCGAUGAUGUUGACUAGCCAGCUGUUAAUGCAUAUUUCAUAUGUGAGUUGCUGUUUAGCUGUAGAAACAUUGCAAGUGUCCUGUGUGUCCUGACAAGUUGGUCCAACUCUCCUCCCCCUUUCCCAUUCAGUGGCAGACCAAUGCAAUAUACAGUAUACGUGACUAACAUGUAUUGUGUAGACAUGUACGAUUGUUUUGUGACUGUAUGUUUGUCCUCCACGUAAUGUUGUCUGAACGUGCAGCACACUGUAUUUGUAUUUAAAGGUUUCUUUCAUGGAGUUCAUUGUUGUGUUCAAGCAGCCAACUCGUGAAGACUUGUGAUGAUGUUGUAAUGUUUUGAGUCGAGCCCCAACCCCACCCCCACCAACCCCCGCAGCAGGAGGCCUUGUCGGCCUCUCCUCACAGUCUCUAAAGUGAUAGAUUAGGCUCCACCUAGUUAUGCACCUGUUUUUUUAAACACUAAUAUAUUUUAUUUGCUAUACAGCACAUAACAUUAAAUUGUAUUUUUUGAACCCUAUUGUGAUGCCUGCUCUAUGGUCAGUGUCUGCUUCCACGAGUUGCCAUAUCUGCUCUUUUUUCCGAUUCCCCUCAUUCUAGCUGGUCUAGAAUGUGCUAUGGUGCAUUGGGUCUACAUAUGUGCUGCAGAAAACUAUCCACCUUCACUUAAUUGGUCCAAAAAUGAAUAUUCUCUGCAAAGAAUAUAUCUGCAUGAAUGAACACGCAACUUUAGCAGCAUUUUACGAAGCGUGCCACAUACAUGCUCGGAAGCCGGAAGCACUCCCAGCAUGCCUUGCAGCACCUUUUUGUAAAUAGCUGCUUAGGGUACAUGACAUAGUUGUUUAUUAUUCUCCACGAGGGGUAUGUAGUUGCUGUGUGUCGGUGUUAUCUACCUGUUGUGUGUUUAAUUUGCUGUGUGAUGGUUACGGAGUUCUUUUUUUUAUGACACCAUGAGUCAGAGUUUUACAGUAUGUUGAGUAAUGACCUCCUGCCGUUUCCGGUGUGCUGGCACGCUCAUUGGAGGCCUGUGUAGACUACUGCUUGCCCAAAUGAAGUGCAGCUUUCUUUGUCUUGGGCAACUCAAGCACGCCAUAUUUUUUUUUUUACCUGUAUUUAUAGUGUAAUACAGCUCAGGCUUGUUUGUUGGUGUUUGUUGUUUGUUGACUUGAUUCAUCCCAGACUCUACCUCUAGCACACCCCAGGUACAUUGAGUUUGAGACAGGCAGAACAAUGAAAAGCUAUUCUACUCGAUAGCAGGAGGUACAUAAUUAGCCUGUGGAGCCACCUGUUGCUAUUCAUUUAUUUGGUGGUGUGCCGUUUACAGGUGUGAUGGUGUUGUUAGCCAUGCACAAGAACAGGGGCACCACCAGGAAUUUUAGACCCCAUUAAAAAAAAAAUU